AGCUGGGCUCAGCCUCUCUUUCUUCUCUCUUGUAAUCACAAAGCCCAUUUUGGACCAGGAAUUCCAAUCAUGUCUGUGAUGGUGGUGAGAAAGAAGGUGACACGGAAAUGGGAGAAAGUCCCAGGCAGAAAUACCUUCUGCUGUGAUGGCCGCGUCAUGAUGGCCCGGCAAAAGGGCAUCUUCUACUUGACCCUCUUCCUCAUUCUGGGGACCUGUACACUCUUCUUUGCCUUCGAGUAUAAUUAAAUGUGCUAUUGCUGCUAUCUGGCUGUUAAGCUGUCUCCUGCCAUCCCUGUGUUUGCUGCCAUGCUCUUCCUUUUCUUCAUGGCUACCCUGUUGAGAACCAGCUUUAGUGACCCAGUGAUUCCUCGGGCCCUACCAUAUGAAGCAGCCUUCAUAGAAAUGGAGAUAGAAGCUACUAAUGGUGCAGUACCCCAGGGCCAGUGACCACCUCCCCAUAUCAAGAAUUUCCAGACAAACAACCAGAUUGUGAAACUAAAAUACUGUUAUACAUACAAGGUCUUCCGACCUCCACGGGCCUCCCACUGCAGCAUCUGUGAUAACUGUGUGGAGCGCUUUGACCAUCACUGCCCCUGGGUGGGGAAUUGUGUUGGAAAGAGGAACUACCAAUACUUCUACCUCUUCAUCCUUUCACUCUCCCUCCUCACAAUCUAUGUCUUCGCCUUCAACAUCGUCUACGUGGCCCUAAAAUCCUUGAAAAUUGGCUUCCUGGAGACAUUGAAAGAAACUCCUGGAACUGUUCUAGAAGUACUCAUUUGCUUCUUCACACUCUGGUCCGUCGUGGGACUGACUGGAUUUCACACUUUCCUCGUAGCUCUGAACCAGACAACCAAUGAAGAUAUCAAAGGUUCAUGGACAGGGAAGAAUUGUGUCCAGAAUCCCUGCAGCCAUGGCAACAUUGUGAAGAACUGCUGUGAAGUGCUGUGUGGCUCCUUGCCCCCCAGUGUGCUGGAUCGAAGGGGUAUUUUCCCCUGGAAGAAAGUGGAAGUCGACCUCAGUACUCAAGAGACCAGUAGCAGCCUCUUGCCACAGAGCCCAGUCCCAACAGAACACCUGAGUUCAAAUGAGAUGCCAGAGGAAACCAGCACUCCAGAAGAGAUGCCACCCCCAGAGCCCCCGGAGCCACCACAGGAGGUCACUGAAGCUGAGAAGUAGCCUAUCUAUGGAAGAGACUUUUGUUUGUGUUUAAUUAGGGCUAUGAGAGAUUUAAGGGGAGAAAAGAAACCUGAGACAGAGAGCAAGUAAGCUGUCCCUUUUAUUAUUUUUCUUUGCUCUUUAUUCUUCCAGUUGCACACUGGCAUUUUCUUGCUGCAAGCUUUUUUUCUAGACUCAAGGCAGUAACAGAAGAUGUCAGUCAUCUCUGGUAACUGGACAAAUUGCUCUCUUGGGCCCUGGCAGUGGUUUUCCAUGGCCUCAGCCAUGAUGUCUUCUUGGACUCCCCUCUCUUCCUUCUAGAUCCCAGCUCUCCUGCUUGGGGUCAUUGGUCUAAUUCUGGCGUUAAAAGUUCUUGAGUUUGGCUGAAGUCCUUUCAAGCUGCUGCAUGUCAUCAAUACAGAGGCAAUCACAGAGACCUCUGGCCAGGGAGUACUAAUUGGGUUCUUGUGGCCUUCAGAAUUGAAGAGAAUGGAGAAAGUGGAGUUGUAGGAGUCUCCUGGCUACUAAAGUGCCAACAUUGCCAGCUAAUCCUUUUAGGAAUGGGGCAGGCACCUUCCACUUGUAUUUAUUCAUGGAGCUUUUCCUUUGUUCCCCCUCCACUCUCUAACACCCACGCUCCACUGUUUUUCAAUUAGAUAUAUGUAAGUAGUUGUAGUAGAGAUAACAAUUUACAUUUCUUGUAGACUACCUGGAAAGUUUUUAAUGUCUGUGCCAUUCUCAAUAAGAAUUUAUGUGAUGCCAAUGGCAUGUCCCCUCACACUCUCUGUCUCAUCUUGCCUCCUUUCUCAUUAGCCCCUUUUAAGGUGUUUUUUCCUUUUGACUCUUGCUCCCAUUAGGAGCAGUAAUGGCAGUAAUAAAAGUCUGCACUUUGUUGGUUCCUUUUCCUCAGAGGAAGCCCGAGUGCUCACUUAAACACUAUCCCCUCAGACUCCUUGUGUGAAGUCUACAGAGUCCCUGAAUGCACAAAUGGGAAAUCAAGGCACAGAGAGGCUCUUCUCUCCUUUCCCUCAAUGUCUCCUAAAAAAAGAAAAAAAAAAGAAAAAAAAGGAUAACCAGUUACUUCCAUAAGCCUAGGCUGAGUGAGGAGGGAAACCCCAGCACUGCUGCCCUCCUGGGUAACCCACUCCAAGGCCUUGGGCUAUUGUAACCACACCGGGGGCUUCCUCCAAGCCCCACUCUUCCAGCACUUCCACCGGCAGAGUCUCAGAGCCUCUUCACCCUGGGGGUGGGCUGUGGCCCCCAGUCAGCUCUGCUCAGGACCUGCUCUAUUUCAGGGAAGAAGAUUUAUGUAUUCUAUGUGGCUAUAUUUCCUAGAGCACCUGUGUUUUUCUCUUUCUAAGCCAGGGUCCUGUCUGAAUGACUUAUGGGGAGGGGGGAAGUAUAAACCAGAACUUUUAAUCUAUUUGAAGGCAAUUAAACUGUGUCUAAUGCAA